AUGGCGUCUUUCCUUACCUCCCUCAACGAUCGUCUGGCACUGCCCGAAUACCAGCUCUCGUUGGUGUCGAUAUGCGGAAUCCUCUUCGUGCUGGCUUGGGUCCUGCUCUUUUUCACGGAAUUGAGCAGUAUUAAGCAAGCCUACAGAAGCGCCAACUACCUCUUCAAGUUCGCCUAUUCCUGCUUCUUCAAGCCCCAUUCCGGAGAUGGAACUGGCAAGCAGCAAGAUGCUCUUGAGAGCUUCUACAAGUCUCAGGCCGAAAUCUACGACGCCACACGAUCACGGCUUUUGCAGGGAAGAGAAGAUAUGCUGGCUCUGGUAGCAGCUCAGGUCAUAUACAGACGGGAUAUAGGCCAGACAAGCGCUAAGCCAAUCUGGGUUGACAUUGGCGGCGGUACAGGAUGGAACAUCGAACAGAUGGCUGAGCACGUGGAUGUGCCCAACUUCUUCCAUGCCGUAUACCUGGUCGAUCUGAGCACUUCUCUGUGUGAGAUUGCCCGCAAGCGAUUCGAGAGGCUUGGCUGGAAGAACGUCCACGUCAUCUGUGAGGACGCUCGCGUCUUCCGAUUGUCCGACUAUGAAGCUGGAAUUGAGGACGAGAAGCGCGACUUCAGCAUCGGCCGCUCUGCAUACGACGAUGAGGCACGCGACAGCGUGGGCGCUGACGUUCUCACCAUGUCCUACAGCUUGAGCAUGAUUCCUGAGUUCCAUCCAGCAGUGGACAGUGUUGCCAACCUUUUGGCGCCAAAUGGCAUCGUUGGCGUGGUCGACUUCUAUGUCCAGAACAAGAUCGAAUUCGCAGGCCGCAACUACACUGGUGGCAGUAUUGACCGACACUGCAUGUGGAUCAGCCGCGUCUUCUGGAGGACAUGGUUUGAGCUCGACCGCGUCAACCUGGAUUCUGCGAGACGCGACUACAUUGAGUACAAAUUUGGCACAAUUCUCAGCACCAACCGCAGAUGCCAUCUUUUAGGCUUCCGCAUUCCAUACUAUAUCUUUGUUGGAUGUGCUCGCACCACGAUCAACCCACUUCAGCAAAUGGCGGCAGUGGACGCUGCUGUCACCGAGAGUCCAUUCAUUGCAGCUCUCGAUAUCCAUGCUCAAAGCUUGUCGCGUAAGAAUCGUCGAAGCUCUAGCGCCGAGCGUCGUAGUAAAGCCUACGAUACCGCGGUCGUGAAUCUCGCAGCCAGUCUUCCGCUCCCUGCUGCCUACUACCAAACCAACAAGACCCGCGUGUACUACGAUGACACGCUUCAGAAGCAUCGCCAAUUCAACGAUGAAUACAUCUACAGUUUCACCUGGGAGGAUUCACGAGUUGAUUCUCGACUGCUCAAGAUCACAUCAGACGAUGUAAUUCUGGCUCUUACCAGCGCUGGAGACAACAUUCUCAGCUACGCCCUCGAACGACCAAAGCGAAUCCAUGCAGUCGAUUUGAACCCAGCACAGAAUCAUCUGCUGGAGCUCAAGGUUGCUGCAUUUCGUGGACUUGAGUACCAAGACUUUUGGAGACUGUUCGGUGACGGCAAGAUCGACAACUUUCAUAAGCUCUUGUUGGAACGUCUGUCUCCUCAUCUUUCCUCUCAGGCCUUUGACUUCUGGCUUCAUGCCGGUCCUUCGACAUUCGAUCCACGCGGCAAGGGAUUGUACUUCACUGGUGGCAGCCGACAUGCUCUCAAGCUCGUCUCAUGGCUUGGCAGUCUUCUCGGUGUUCGCAAAGAUAUGGAAAAAUUGGCUUCCGCAUCGACUUUAGCCGAGCAACGCGAGAUCUGGAACCGACGCGUAAGAAAGGUGCUUCUGUCGCAAUUGCUUGCAUACUUCGUUGUUGGCUCCGAAAGAUUCUUGUGGAAGGCGCUCGGUGUUCCUGGUGAGCAGCGAGCUAUGAUCGAGGAGGACUUCAAGCUCCAGCUUGACCGAGGUGAUGCUGUCAAGGCUGACAAGAGCGCUGAGAAGAGUGGCACAGGCGAGCCGGGUGCUGUUGGUGCCACGAAGAGUGGAAAAGCGAUCUGGAACUAUGGCGUUCAGACGCUCGAUCCAGUCGCUAAUGGAACUCUGCUCAGCGAGGACAAUCACUAUUACUUGCUGUGUCUGCUUGGUCACUACACACGCCGCUGCCACCCAACCUACCUCACGCCGAAAUCCCACAUGAAACUCUCCGCCCCAGGCGCUCUCGAAAACAUUCGCAUCCACACCGACGAACUCGCCGAAGUCUUCGCUCGCAUGCAACCCGAAGCGCUCACCAUUGCAGUCCUCAUGGACAGCAUGGACUGGUUCACGCCCGGUGGUCCAGAAGCACCAGCACAAUGCAAAGCCGUCAAUCGUGCCCUCAAACUCGGAGGCAGAGUUUUGAUUCGCAGUGCAGGUCUCAAUCCGUGGUAUAUGCGAGUCUUUGAAGAGUAUGGAUUUAGCCCGAAGAGAGUGGCAGCGAGGAUACCGCCUGGCACAUGUACAGACCGGGUGAAUAUGUACGCCAGUACUUGGAUAUGUACGAAGGUGAUUAGUCUGGUGGAGAAAGAAUGA